AUGAUCCCAGCUAUCGUAGUCGAAAGAAUAUUUGCCUCAAUUUAUGUGAACGACUAUGAAAAUGUCCAGCGACCUUGGAUAUCAUAUAUGGUGGAUGGAAGUUCUAUAUUGCUUUCUGCCAUCUACUAUCUGCUCGUACAGCUCGGAUAUUCCGUGCUUCGUCUCGUAUUAAUCACAUUCGGAAUUAUAACAUUUUCAUCGUUGACAAUCAUGGUGUUCUAUCGUCGGGAUAUUGCUAGACUUCGUGAUAUUUCCAAGACUGGUAAUUCGACUUUAACAUACACAUUAAGCAUGAAAUUCCAACUUGCUGAGAAUGUUCGUGUGACAAAGGUAAGUCCAUAGGA